AUGGCAUAUCGAGUAACUCCCGAUCUCUUCAAUCUCGCCCAAACAGACCUCCACGAUUUCAGGAAUGCAAAACCCCGAUGGCAAGAAUUAGCCGAAAUCACCGCAUCACCACCCAUAUCAGAAAUCCGAUAUCCUGAUAGACCUUUUUUCGCUCCAGAUGAGAACUUUGACUUGAAAGCAUGGAGGAACAAGUAUCGCGGACGUCAGAUGCUGGAGAAUAUAUCUGUGGGCUUGGGGGCAAGUCGCUCGAGAUCUAGAUCGAGAUCGAGAUCGAGGUUGCGUGAGCGGUCAUCCUCGUUGGGAUACGGAGAGUCUUGGUUGGACGAGUGGUUUCGCGAAUCGAGGUCUGUGCCGCCGAGACAUCGAGUGAAGGUGCCGAAGAGAGAGCAUUUCAUUGGCAUGGUUGCUCUUGCUGGCAUCAUGUUCUCUUGGCUGGUUCUCUUCUGGUAUCCUUCUGCAGGCGUUGUCUACUCGAUCAAGAGAACACCGUAUCAUGCCUGGCCGAAUCUCAACUACGUCAACGCUGGUGUCAAAUAUGGUCUGUGUCGAAUGCCAGUGUUUCCGAAGAUCCUGGACUGUAAAGCUCCUCCAGAGACACAGCUGCUGGUUCGUGACAUUUCCAUCCGGCAUGCCAUCCCAGGAGUCUUGUAUGCAUUAUCAGAAAGUCCGGAAGCUCUGGACGACGUACUGGAUCUGCUUGCGAAAGCGAAGAAAGGGUUACAUGCGUUGCUUCAUGAGACGCCAGUCCGUGAAAAGCAGUCAUCUCGAUCUGCCCAGCCGGGUCGUGUUCAUUCGCCCUCCAAUAGGACAGCAGCCGAAGCAACAAUUGCCGAGUCAGAGUCAGCCACUCUGACCACAGACACGGAUCCGAGCCAACAGACCGAAGAGCCAGAAUCGUCGCCUAUGAAACCGGAAUCAUGGAAGACACCCCACACUCGCUCCGAAACAAUAGAAGCCCUCAUCACACUCGUCGCCUACCUCAAAGACCACAUCGAGAAACUCGACAGCAACAAAGAAAUCCUUCUCGAGAUCAUGCGGCGAAGAACGUACCAUGUCGAUAAGUUGUAUGAGCAAAUCAACAACAAAACCCAGACUGGUGUUCAAUACAAUCCAAAGCAAUGGUUUGGUAAUUCAAAGCUCCAGUUUCGGAAAGCUGUGGAGGACGAUUUCAGGAAUCAUGCCAUGGUGCUCGAGGGGUUGAGAGAUGGACUCGAGGUGUUGGGUGGAGAGUGGAGUGUCCUGUUCGAGCAGACUGGGCUGUUGUUGAAGUCCGACGGACCAGCCUCGGGUGAGGAAGGAGACAAGUCAGCUCAAAGUCGUCGACGAAAGUCCCUGUUCAAACGCUUCAUCCUCUGGGCCUCCCCGAUCGACUUCUCUCGCCCCUCCAGACGCACGCUCUUCUCCGAUUUCGAGAAGAAAACACCUAAACCACUCACCCCAGCGCAAAAUCAAGAGCAACUACUCGCCGCGAUUCAAGAUAUGUACCCUCACCUCCGCGCCAUUCAUGCUUCGACAUCUAAAGCAUAUACUUCAGCAAACUUGGCCAAAACAAUGAUCAAAGAUGAGAAGUCAUCCUGGUGGACUAAGUUGGUAAGAAGCAGAGGGAUGUUUGACGAGGAUCUCAUCAAAGGAUUGAGGGAAACGGCGAGUAUGGUGCCCAUGCUGAUGGAACAAAGGAGGGGUCAAAGGGCCGAGAGGCAGUAUGAUAGGGCCUGGGCUAAAAGAGAAGCCAGGAUGACGGGGGAGGACGAGGAGUUUGAAGAAUUGUUGAGGGAGUACCGGAGGCGUAAGGAGGGGAAGGGCGAUGAGUAG